GGCAGCAUUAGGGUCUCUCCAGUCUCUCCUGCAAACUGGCUGCUGCUGGGAGGUCACUCCCCAAAAACCCUGGCGAGCCCGUGACCUGCAAGCACAAUAUUUGCUCUGGGAUCUGGGGCGGGCACCAGGCUCUGCGGCUCGGGAUUCACUCCAUGCUGCUUGACACACGGGCGAGCCCGGAGCAGCACAGCCAGGCUUUGGAGAGGAGGAUCUCACCUUGGUCCCUCCGGCGCCAUGUGUUGGGUCACCAUCACCAUCCUCAUCGUGGCCGGGCUCUGCGGGGCCUCGCUGGGCCAGUACAAUGAGGAGGAGGACCUGGCCUGGCUGCAGUACUACCUGAGGCAGUCCCGCGUGGCCUCCUACAACUACGUGCCCUACUACGAGGACGAGAGCCCCCCGUACGUGUACUCCUACCCCGCAGCUCCCGACACGGAGCCGGAGCCCGGCCCGGAGCCCCAGCAGGCCCCUUCCUGGCAGUGCCCCCAGGAGUGUGACUGUCCCCCCAACUUCUCCUCGGCCAUGUACUGCGACACCCGCAACCUGAGGUACCUGCCCUUCGUGCCCUCCCGCAUGAAGUACGUCUACUUCCAGAACAACCUCAUCACCUCCAUCCAGGAGGGCGCCUUUGACAACGCCACGGAGCUGGAGUGGCUGGCGCUGCACAACAACCAGAUCAGCAGCGACAGGAUGGGCAAGAGGGUCUUCGGGAAGCUCAAGAACCUGGAGAGGCUGUACAUGAACAACAACAACCUGACCAAGCUGCCCAGCCCCCUGCCCCGCUCCCUGAGAGAGCUCCACCUGUCUUACAACCAGAUCUCCAAGGUGCCCUCCAACGCUCUGGAGGGUCUGGAGAACCUCACGGCCCUGUACCUCAGCCACAACUUCAUUUUUGAGAUGGGGGCUUCCCUCAAAGGGCUCAAGUCUUUGAUCCUUGCUGAUCUGAGCUACAACCACCUCAGAAAAGUCCCUGACGGGCUCCCGGUGUCCUUGGAACAGCUUUACCUCGAGUACAACUACAUCAACGCCAUCCCUGAUGACUAUUUCCAGGUGUCUCCCAGGCUGCUCUAUGUCCGGAUGUCCCACAACAGCCUGACAAACCAAGGCCUCUCCUCCAACACGUUCAACAGCAGCAGCAUCCUCGAGCUGGACCUCUCCUACAACCGGCUCCAGAAGAUCCCCCGGGUCAACACCAACCUGGAGAACCUCUACCUGCAGGGGAACCAGAUCAAUGAGUUCUCCAUCAGCAGUUUCUGCUCCGUGGUGGACGUCAUGAACUACUCCCGGCUCCAGGUCCUGCGGCUCGACGGGAACGAGAUCAAGCGGAACGCGGUGCCCCCCGACGCCCCCCUGUGCCUGCGCCGGGCCACCGUCAUCGAGAUCUGACCCGGCCCCUCCCACCCUCAGGACUUGGCUCCCCCGACCCUGGGGAGACCCUCGCCCCGUUCCAGUGCAGCUUCUCAGCCUGACUCGGCUUCGCAGUAGUGCAAUCAGGGGGCUCCGGCAGCCGGAGCCUCUCGACCCCAAACUCUUCGUCUUCCCAGAAUUCUCCCUCUUCCUGACUCUCCAGCCACGCAGGGUGGGAUGGAUCCCAGCACUCACCCCCCU